CUCCAGGCUAUUUUGAAGAGGUAUGAAAAAAUCAUGGGUCAAGGUAUCAACCUUCGGAAAUACUCAAUCACGUUUGGGGUAAAUGUGAGCAGGGAUCUUAAAAGAGGUAUCCAAACCAAGCUGGGUAUCCACAAGGAAGGGGCAAGUACUUACUUAGAAAUGCAUGAGUGUUUCUAUGGUUCAAAAGUGCAGCUUCUCGGUUGUAUCAAAGAAGGGUUAAAUCUAAGUUGUCUGGAUGGUAUGUUAAAUCUCUAUCCCAAGGAGGUAAAGAAGUCUUACUAAAAUCGGUUGAUUUGGCGAUGCCUGUUUUUGUCAUGACUUACUUCAGAUUACCUAAAACUACAUGUGCAAACCUUGCGAGUGUGAUGGCAAAUUUCUGGUGGAACAAUGUGGAACAUGCAAAUAAAAUCCAUUAGCAAAGUUGGGAGAGGCUGUGUUUACCAAAAGACCAAGGAGGAAUGAGCUUUAGAGUCAUCGAAACCUUUAACCAAGCUCUGCUCUAUAAACAAGCCUGGAAGAUCGUCAAUACCCUGAUUGCCUCUUUUCUAAGGUGAUGAAGAGUAAGUACUUCCCAACCUCUGAAUUCUUACAGGCUAGAAUUGGGAGAAGGCCAUCCUUUGCUUGGAGAAGUAUAUUACAUGGGAGGGAUCUUCUAAUCAAAUGUUUAACCAAAAACAUAGGUAAUGGUAAAACCAUUAGGGUGUGGAUGGAUAACUUGAUUGAGGAUGGAGAGCUGACACCGCCUUGGAGAAAGAAUAACUUUUUUAACCCCAAUCUUAGAGUGUGUGAUUUGAUUGAUAGAAGAAGACGAACUUGGGAUCUCCAAAAACUCGAAGAUCUUUUUUUACCGGCUGACAUUCAGAGAAUCAUCAAAAUAAAACCGGUCCUGGAUCAGGAGAAUUUCUUUUCUUGGUGUUUCAAUAAGAGUGGUGAAAUUACAGUCAAAUCGGCUUAUUGGCUAGUCUCCCAAUCAAACAAUACAGUCAUCAUAAUCCAAGCAAAUCAACUUCCAUCCAUAAAUGUCCUGAAAUCCCAAAUCUGGAAGGUACACACUGAUCCUAAACUUCAUGUUUUUCAAAGGAAGAUCUUGUCUGGAGCUUUACCUGUGGCCUUGGCUCUAAAUUCUCGGGGUCUACAUAUCGAUGAGAGAUGUCAGAUAUGUGGGUGUGAAGGUGAAUCUAUAAACCACAUAUUAUUUGUGUGUCCCAUAGCGAGACAAACCUGGGCUGUUGCAGGAGUGCCUUCGCCGGAAUUUGGAUUCCACAAUGGGUCGAUAUUUUCCAAUUUCCAUUAUCUUCUUACAAACCAGGAAAACAAAUCUUGGCCAGAGGAGGUAAGGAAAUUUUUUCCAUGGGUCAUGUGGAGAUUAUGGAGGAACAAGAAUCAGGUCUCUUUUGAAGGGGAAUGCUUCUCAGCUAUUAAUUCGGCAGGAAAAGCAAAAGAUGAUUGGUUUGAGUGGGUAGAAGCUCAAAGAGUCGAAGAAGAAACCAUAUUGUCGGAAGGCAACAAGCAAGUAACUGGAGGUGUCAAUCUCAGGGGUGAGGUCAGUCAAACCGGAAAGUUGUGGUUGCACCCACCUAAGGAUUGGCUAAAGUGUAACAUAGGCACUUCUUGGUCAAGAAGAAAUGAACUGGCUGAUGCUGCUUGGGUCUUGAGAGAUCAUGAGGGUGUUGUUCUACUCCAUAGUAGAAGGGCCUUCACAAAGUAGCUGACCAAAAAGAAUCUCAGUUCAUGUCUCUCAUCUGGGCUAUAAAGAGCAUGAGAAGUCACAAAGUUGAUAAAAUGAUUUUUGCUCUACAAGAUAAGCUCCUGGUGGAUGUCAUUAGUAGACCUAAAGCGUGACCAUCUUUUAGAUAUCAAGCGAUGGAGGCCAUUUUUUCUUUGCAAGCGUUCAAGUUUUGGAGAAUUAUUUUGGAAAAUUCAAUCUCAAACAAGGGAGCCAUUCUAAUAGCAUAGAGGGUUACAGAUGACUGCAGGAUGCAAUAGCCUUAAACCAUUUGAUUUUGACUUUUUUGGUAAAAUUUUUUUUGUAUAAGCCUGUCUUUACUCGGAGCAUAAGAGUAGCGGUAAGUAUGUGUAAGUUUCAAAAACAGCUUUGUUCUCCAAUGGGUUGUGAAACCCAUACUCUUUCGAUAUCAACAUAAUUCCAGUUGAUCAAUAAAAAAAAGCCACAUGAAGAAACAGCUACAAUGCUAUAGCCCAACAUUUUUGUUGUGGAUUUCCGCUGCUACAAAAGUAGCCACCAAAUAUGCUUCAAAGCUCUCUCAACAUGCUCUCUCAGCCCUUCUCCUGAUCUCUUUCAUCUUUCUUAUUGCUGCUGCAGGUUCAAUACCCAUAUCAUGUUAUAUCUAGUAUCCAAAUUUUCAUACAUACAUAGAUGUAAAUUUGGUUGUUUAUAUCGUAGUAUAAGUUUUUGUUAUAUAUAUAUAUAUACACUACUAACACACAUAAUCAAAUAUGUUUUUUAUAUAGAGAUGGAUAUGGCGGAUAAAAUAUGCAAGACACAUAGCAAUUGUUUCUCAUAGACAGGCUAUUUUUUUGUAGUGUGUGCCUUCAUCUGCCACUAUAUCGAGUGCAUUGAAGGUGGUCAUGUUUAUGUACGAGAAGGUGUUAGACCAUCAUGAUGAUCAAAUAUUUUCAAGAACCAAUAAUAUUUUAUACAUUAGUUCUUGGAGAAUAUAUACCUUGAAUUACGGGAACAUUUUGGAGAACAUAUACCUUGAAUAAUUGCUAUGUUGGAGAAUAUAUACCUUGAAUAUAUUACAAAAUUCUUCCAAUGUCUCUUUUCCCGGCAGGUAUGGGAGGAACUAGUUAAAGGACUCCUACACAAGUUCGUAAUGAAUUGGAUCAAACACAACGCUUUCUCUUGGGAUAUACUCUUCAGAACACUAUUCACUCUAUUUGGAGAGAGAGAAACGAUAGAAGACAUGGUGAACAACCGUCAACAACUGGGAAAUUGGUGAAGCUCAUUGACAAGAAUGUGCGUAACCGCUUGAGCACAUUAACAAACGGAGGAGAUGAACGCAUCCAACGCUGGUUUGCGGCCAGACUCAACAUAAACUGAUUUAAGUUUAAAUUUUUCCUAG